AUGUCUAAUAUAGGGUUUAAGAUUCGUCAAGCUGCUCCAACUGUUGAUCCUAUAGUUGCCGACUACGCAGUGGGAUACGUAAAUCAUUUGUCCAGUGCCACCUAUGAUGCAGUUCAGAGUAAGCAACUCGAACUUCCUCAAGAAGUGUCGUUUGUCGAGAGUCUUCUUGUCAACGCAGGUGGGAAUGAGGACAAAAUUGAGGAGCUAGCCAAGGAUAUAUUGACGCAACUUUCUUUACAAUUGAAAGAGAAUCAGUCAAAGUUAGAAUUGACUGGGGACACUAGCAAGAGACUUUUGGACGUGAACAUCCUUCAAAAUCAUAAUAAGAAGGCGAAUAUCAACGCGUCCCUGGCAAUGUUGGGUGUUACAAAUGAUAUUGAGCAUACAGGCCGUAAAAUGGAGACCAGGGUUGAUUUGAGAAAAUUGGAGAAAGCUGAAAAGAAGAUUGCCAAAAAGGUUGCCAAGAGAAAUAACAAAUUCGUGAAAUAUGAAGCGUCUCGUCUGAUUAAUGAGCAAAAGGAAGAAGAUUACGAUUCAUUCUUCUUAGAGAUCAAUCCAAUCGAAUUCGGUUCUGGUGCAGGCAAGUCCAAGGAUAUCAAAAUUGAUACUUUCGAUUUAUACGUAGGCGAUGGUCAAAGAAUUUUGUCUGAUGCCCAGUUGACCCUAAGUUUUGGUCGUCGCUACGGUUUGGUAGGACAAAACGGUAUCGGUAAAUCUACUUUAUUGAGGGCCCUAUCUCGUAGAGAAUUAAAUGUCCCCAAGCAUAUAUCUAUUCUACAUGUUGAGCAAGAAUUACGAGGUGACGAAACCAAAGCUCUUCAAAGUGUUUUAGAUGCAGAUGUGUGGAGGAAACAAUUGUUGACUGAGGAAACGAAAAUCAAUGAAAGAUUACAAGAAAUUGAAAAACUCAGAACGGAAUUCGAAGAGGAAAGUCUGGAGGUAAAGAAAUUAGAUAACGAACGAGAAGAUCUUGAAAACCAUUUACAACAAAUUUCAGAAAAAUUGGUUGACAUGGAAUCUGACAAGGCAGAGGCCAGAGCGGCAUCAAUUCUUUAUGGUCUUGGUUUCAGUACCGAAGCUCAGCAACAGCCCACGAACUCUUUUUCUGGUGGUUGGAGAAUGAGACUUUCAUUAGCAAGAGCCUUAUUCUGUCAACCUGACUUACUACUUCUCGAUGAACCUUCCAAUAUGUUAGAUGUGCCCUCUAUCGCAUAUCUGUCAGAAUACUUGAAAACUUAUCCGUCAACUGUUCUGGUGGUUUCGCACGACAGAGCCUUCCUGAAUGAGGUAGCGACAGAUAUUAUAUAUCAGCAUAAUGAGAGGCUGGAUUAUUACAGAGGGCAGGAUUUUGACAGUUUCUAUGCCACCAAAGAGGAGAGACGCAAAAAUGCUCAAAGAGAAUAUGAGAAUCAACUUGCAUAUCGUAAGCAUUUGCAGGAAUUUAUCGAUAAAUAUAGAUACAAUGCUGCCAAGUCGCAAGAAGCCCAAUCUAGAAUUAAGAAGCUUGAAAAACUGCCUGUUCUGGAACCACCUGAAGAGGAAAAGAGCAUCAAUUUCAAAUUCCCUGACUGUGAUAAGCUAUCUCCUCCGAUCAUUCAGCUUCAAGAUGUCUCAUUCGGCUAUGAUCCUUCCAAUCUUCUAUUGAAGGACGUAAAUCUGGAUGUUCAAAUGGACUCCAGAAUUGCUUUGGUUGGUGCCAAUGGUUGUGGUAAAACAACUCUCCUUAAGGUGUUGAUGGAACAACUGCGACCUACCAAGGGUUUUGUAUCAAGGAAUCCUAGACUAAGGAUUGGCUAUUUCACACAGCAUCACGUCGAUUCCAUGGAUUUGAACACAUCUGCAGUUGAUUGGAUGUCAAAUACUUUCCCAGGAAAAACUGAUGAAGAAUAUCGUCGCCAUCUUGGUGCUUUCGGUAUUACUGGGUCUUUGGGUUUGCAAAAGAUGCAGCUACUUUCCGGUGGUCAAAAAUCUAGGGUUGCUUUUGCUGCAUUAUGUUUGAAUAAUCCUCACAUCUUGGUAUUAGAUGAACCUUCCAAUCACUUGGAUACUGCAGGUUUGGACGCACUAGUCGACGCCUUGAAGAAUUUCACUGGUGGUGUUUUGAUGGUGUCGCAUGACAUUUCAAUCAUCGAUAGCGUAUGCAACGAGAUUUGGGUUUCAGAGAGCGGUACUGUGAAAAAAUUCGAUGGUAACAUCUAUGACUACAAGAAUUAUAUUAUAGCUUCUGCUGAUCAAGCUGGUGUAGUGAAAAGACACUAA